GCGUCUUCUUCUCUAUUUUAACCCUUUUUCAUCGACUCUUCGCUUUUUAUAGGUUUGAUUUGUAUUAGUAAUCUUCUUCCUAAUCUUUUCCCUCAUUGAUCUGAAAUCGAAUGAUGGAUUAUUAUUCUACACCAAGCUUUUGAAAUAAGGAACCCUAUUUCUUUCAUCUAAUCCUCGAUUUCAUCAGAUUAAUGUUGUUUACAUUUGUGAAUGCGUGUUUGAAUUCUGAAUCCUGGGUUUGUGGAGUUGGAAUUGAGUCUGACAAGAAGAUUGGGUCUCAUAAUAUUGUUAUAAGCACUGAUUUGAUGAACGAUUUGAUAGCUGGUUCUUUUGGUUGAGACAUGUGAAUUAUGGUAUCUACAACAUUUAGGAGAAUUGUAUCGCCUUGUUGGAGACCUUUUGGUAUUGGAGAAGAUUCGAGUCCUGGUAGUGAUGAUGCUAAUGGCCGUCUCGAUGGUCUCUUGUGGUACAAAGAUUCUGGCAACCACAUCACUGGAGAGUUUUCUAUGGCAGUGGUUCAAGCUAACAACCUUCUUGAAGAUCAUAGCCAGUUAGAAUCUGGUCCUAUUAGUUUGCAUGAUUCUGGACCUGAGGCAACUUUUGUUGGUGUUUAUGAUGGUCAUGGAGGUCCCGAGGCUGCUCGGUUUGUAAACGAUAGGCUCUUUUAUAACAUCAAGAGGUACACAUCAGAACAGCGAGGGAUCUCACCUGAUGUUAUCACCAGAGGGUUUGUAGCAACAGAGGAGGAGUUUCUCGGUUUAGUGCAGGAGCAAUGGAAGAACAAGCCGCAGAUUGCUUCUGUGGGAGCUUGUUGUUUGGUGGGUAUUGUUUGUAAUGGAUUGUUGUAUGUUGCAAACGCAGGAGAUUCCCGGGUUGUGUUAGGGAAAGUCGCGAAUCCGUUUAAAGAGUUGAAAGCUGUUCAGCUGUCAACAGAGCAUAAUGCUAGUAUCGAAUCUGUGAGAGAGGAGUUACGUUUGUUGCAUCCUGAUGAUCCGAAUAUCGUGGUCUUGAAACACAAAGUUUGGCGUGUUAAAGGGAUUAUACAGGUUUCAAGAUCCAUUGGUGACGCAUACCUUAAAAGAGCGGAGUUUAAUCAAGAACCGCUAUUGCCUAAGUUUAGGGUUCCAGAACGUUUUGAAAAGCCGAUCAUGAGAGCGGAACCGACUAUAACAGUUCAUAAGAUUCACCCGGAAGAUCAGUUUCUUAUAUUUGCCUCGGAUGGUUUAUGGGAGCAUCUAAGCAACCAGGAAGCUGUUGAUAUCGUCAAUUCUUGUCCACGCAAUGGGGUGGCUCGGAAGUUAGUGAAAGCUGCAUUACAAGAAGCAGCAAAGAAGAGAGAGAUGAGGUAUUCGGAUUUGGAGAAGAUAGAACGUGGCAUCCGGCGACACUUUCACGACGAUAUAACCGUUAUUGUUGUCUUCCUCCACGCUACAAACUUCGCUACUCGAACUCCGAUAUCUGUCAAAGGAGUUAGCGUGUGCUUAUAUCCAUCGCUUGCGCUAUCCGCUAGAGAUUUCUCUCCUCCUUCCUCAUCAUCUCUCUAUCUUGAUCGGAAAAUUCUCCGACCAGGCUCCGGGAGGCGGUGGUGCAAAUCCAAUGGGAAACGUAGAACCGAACCAAAAUUGGCUAUUGUAGACUCAAGUCGAGUACCGGAGCUUGAUUCUUCUUCAGAACCAGUUCAAGUGUUCGAUGGAUCAACAAGGUUGUACAUAUCUUACACUUGCCCAUUUGCUCAGCGUGCGUGGAUUGCUCGAAACUACAAGGGUCUGCAAAACAAGAUAGAACUCGUACCGAUUGAUCUUAAAAACAGGCCUGCUUGGUAUAAGGAGAAAGUUUACUCGGCUAACAAGGUGCCUGCAUUAGAGCACAAUAACCGAGUAAUGGGAGAGAGCCUUGAUCUGAUUAAGUACAUUGACACCAAUUUUGAAGGGCCUUCACUUACACCCGAUGGUUUAGAGAAGCAAGAAGUAGCUGAGGAGUUACUCUCCUACACUGACUCCUUCUCCAAGGCUGUGAGAUCCGCAUUAAACGGCACUGACAGUAAUGCAGCAGAUGCUGCAUUUGAUUACAUCGAGCAGGCUCUGACCAAAUUCAAUGAAGGGCCUUUCUUUCUUGGCCAAUUUAGUUUGGUUGAUGUUGCAUAUGCUCCAUUCAUAGAGAGAUUUCAGCUUAUCUUAAGUGACGUGAUGAAUGUGGAUAUCACAUCUGGUCGGCCUAACCUUGCCCUUUGGAUUCAGGAGAUGAACAAGAUCGAAGCUUACACCGAAACCCGUCAAGAUCCACAAGAGCUAGUUGAAAGAUACAAGAGACGAGUCCAAGCAGAAGAACGUCUCUAACCAGAUGGUUAUCUGGAUUUCUCCAUUUACAAGGGUUCAGAAGAGUCAAAUGGGAAGAGAUAUUGUAACCAAAGUUGUUUUUAUAUAUUAUUAAAUUGUAUCGGUAAAA